AUGUUGAUGGGAUCUCACAAAAACCAAGCAGAGGUGCUUCUCAGAAACUAUGUUUCAGCUGAUUCCUUUGUCGCCUUCACCUCUGUGAUGAUCGGAAUUUUCGUUUGCAAAACGGUGUAUGAUCUGGGCCAACUGUUUAGUGCUGUUUAUUUCAAAAGCUAUUUGAACCUCACAAAAUCUCGACAAAUUGAGUGGAGCAACCGUUGUUCGACAGUUCGAGUUUCCCAUCUCAGCAUAUUCUACUCAAAAGUGCUGGUCGAAGAUUGGAAAGGAAAUGAAGUAAUUAGUGAGCUUUUAGUGGUUAUGAGUGAAAAAGAAGGAUUUAACAUGGAAAAUGGAAAUGGUCCUUCUUCUUGCUUGAGCUUCGCCUCCUCUUCGUACUUAUCAAAUGGUUCGAGUAACAAUAACAUUCACUCCACCACCGGCCCCGAAUUAGGGACGAGCCUCGAGCUACUGAGCUUGAGUAAGCUAAGCUCGUGUCUCGAAAAUCUCGUGGUCAACUCCGAGUAUGACUAUAGUGAUGCCGAAAUUGUGGUCGAGGGGGUCAGUGUAGGGGUCAACCGCUGCAUAUUGGCCGCAAGGAGUGAUUUUUUUCAUGAAUUAUUUAAAAAACCUAACAAUGGCAAGGUGAAGGAGGGUAAAAAACCGAAAUUUGUCUUGAAAGAUUUGCUCCCACAUGGGAAAAUAGGUUAUGAGGCGUUUAUGGUGAUUUUGAGCUAUAUGUACACCGGGAAGCUCCGGCCAUCCCCUCCCGAGGUGUCAACUUGCGUAGACGAGUCGUGCGCGCACGAUGCUUGUGGGCCCGCCAUCAACUAUGCGGUCGAGAUGAUGUAUGCUUCGGUCACGUUUCGGAUCAAAGAACUAAUCAUGGUUGUUCAGCGUCGUCUCAUGAAUUUCAUCGACAAGGCUUUUGUGGAGGACAUAAUUCCCAUACUCACGGCCGCCUCCCUUUGUCACCUCUCUGAACUCCUCUCCCACUGCCUCAACCGAAUCGCCCGUUCGGACCUCGAUGACAUCACCGUCGAGAAAGAGCUCCCACCCGACCUCGUAAAUGACUUAAACGCCCUCCGCCCCAAAUCCAACCCACCCGAGGAGGACCCGGUUGAGGCAGAGCCGGUGAACAAGAAGCGGAUCCGUAGGAUCCACCAAGCCCUCGACUCGGACGACGUGGAGCUGGUGAAGCUCCUUCUAGAAGAAUCCGGAAUCACGCUCGACGAGUCCCUCGCCCUCCACUAUGCGGCCGCUUACUGCAACCCCAAGGUAGUGAACGAGGUCCUCAACAUAGGUAAUGCUGAUGUCAACUUACGCAACUCUCGGGCCCACACGGUGCUCCACGUGGCGGCCAGGCGAAAGGACCCUUCGGUGGUGGUGGGCCUGCUGAAUAAAGGGGCCCGCGUGUCGGACCUCACUUCGGACGGCCGGACUGCAGUGACGAUCGUGAGGAGGCUGACGAGGCCUAAGGAUUUGUACGAGGCCACGAGGCACGGGCAAGAGACUAAUACGGACAGGCUGUGUGUGGACGUGCUGGAGAGGGAGAUUCGGAGGGACCCGCUUGCGGGGGCAGUGGUCGAGUCGUCUAUGAUGGUUGCUGAUGACCUGCACAUGCGCCUUCUGCUUCUCGAGAAUAGAGUGGCAAUGGCGCGUUCGUUAUUUCCAUUGGAAGCCAAAGUGGCUAUGCAAAUCGCCCACGCAGACUCGACUUUGGAGUUCGCCGGACUUUCAGCCGCUAAAGGGUCUUACGGCAACUUUAAAGAGGUUGAUCUUAAUGAGAUACCAUCAGAGCAAGUCAAAAGGCUUCACGCCAGGUUACAAGCCCUGCAAAAAACUGUUGAUACGGGCCGUCGAUUCUUCCCUAAUUGCUCAGAAGUUUUGGACCAGCUGUUGGAGGACGACACGUUGGGCCCACUGUUAUUGGAGAAAGGCAGCCCAGAAGAACAACGGGCCAAAAGGAUGAGAUACAUGGAACUUAAACAAGACCUGAUGAAGGCAUUCAAUAAGGAUAUAGCCGAGAAAAAAUGGACGGGUUUAUCGAUGCCUUCUUCUUGCUCGAAUUCGGCUAAGGUCGCUAGGAAACGAUGAAUUUGUGUGAUUUUUUUUAGUUUUUCUUUCUUUUUUCUUUUUUUUAUUAGUCUCUGUGUUGUAUUUAGCUGUAAUGGUGAUGUUAAUUGCGUAUAGGACUUGUUUUUUUCUUCUUUUUUUUUUC